GAAAAUAAAGAUGAUAUCAAGCUCAACAAAAGCGUUUCUUGGGACUCUCAUAAUCCUGUCUAUUAGUGGCCAAAUAGUAAAUGGUAAUGACGACAUAUCAAUCUGCAAGAAAAGCUUAGAGACAUUAAAAGACAACGUGAAAGAAUGGAUGGAAACUUGCGUUGAUAAAAAUGGCAAUGACGAUAACACAACUGCAUGCAAGGAAGUAAAACAAUACAACAAAGAAAUGAUGCAAAUGCAAACAGAAAUGUGUUUUUACAAAGAUGUUUAUCCAAAGCCAUAUUUGAUUAUUAUGAGCUUUGAUAAAAUAUACUCUGUUGAUUCUAUUACUGGAGAUAUUCAUGUCAGCACUAUUAAUGGUUCCAGUAAGAAUAAAUCUGACCAUGCAUCAAGAUAUAAUGACAUAGAAAUUGAUGUAGUUGAGAAUGUGCUUUACUACAUCGAUGACAAAGACAUCAAACGGGGAAAUCUUGACUUGACUAGAAACGAAAUUUUUGCGGAAAAUGUUUCUGUUCAUGAUAUUACAGUUGACUGGAUUGGUCGUCGUAUCUUUUACAUUGACUCCACGAACAUUAUCUAUCAAAUUUAUUUGAAAAAUAAAACUACAAGUGUUAUGAGGCUUCAACCAGGACUACAAUUUUCCAGCAUUGCAUUUGACUCAAAACAUGGGUAUCUAUUCUUGGCAGAAAGUACAGAACUUUUCUUAUGGUUAUGGAACAUGACUGCAAAUAAACAUCAUAUUCUUUCAGUUUCACUUCAAUUUAUUGGCGAGUUUCAAACGGAAAUAUUUUUUCUUAUGUUUACUACUCCCAAAAUGUAA